CGCAUUUCGUCCCGCGAGGCUGGAAGUUGGUUUCUGAGCAUGCGCAGUGUGUGUUAUACAAGCGUUAAUAGUUAAUACACUGUAAGGGACGUGUGUGCUAUCGAUAGAUAGGUAUUUUGCAUUUCGAUAUGUUACAUGAACGCAUAGAUGUGGAUAGUCCUCUUUGGGACCAAUCAACUUUCCUUGGGAGACUGAAACACUUUUUUUGGGUGACAGAUCCAAGAACAUGCACUGCUUCUGAUACAGCAUUAGAUGAUGCCAAGAAGUUAAUAGAACUCUACAGAGUUGGUAAGGAACCUCCAGGAACAAAUCAAGAGCAAAUCAUAUAUGCAAAGAAACUGUAUGACAGUGCAUUCCAUCCGGACACUGGUGAGAAACAAAAUGUGUUUGGCAGAAUGUCUUUCCAGGUCCCUGGAGGUAUGGCAAUCACAGGAGCUAUGUUACAAUUCUACAGGACAUCCACUGCAGUAGUAUUUUGGCAGUGGGUGAACCAGUCGUUCAAUGCUCUUGUUAACUACACAAAUAGAAAUGCAAAUUCUGAUGUGACAACAACACAGCUAGGGGUUGCUUAUGUGUCAGCAACUGCAUCAGCUAUGAUUACAGCUGUAGGAUGCCGUACGUUCUGGGAGAAACGAGCCAGCUCCCUCUUGCAGCGGUACGUGCCUUUUGCUGCUGUUGCUGCAGCAAAUUGUGUUAACAUUCCUCUAAUGCGGCAGAAUGAACUGAUUCAUGGUAUAGAUGUCUAUGAUGAAAAUGGGAACAAAAUUGCCAAGUCAAAGAUUGCAGCUGCCAAAGGGAUUUCUCAGGUUGUCAUAUCUCGGAUUGUGAUGUGUGCACCGGGCAUGACAAUUCUACCAAUAGUGAUGGAACGCCUGGAAAAGUACCCAUGGAUGCAAAAAAUUAAACCUCUCCAUGCACCAAUACAAGUUGUACUUGUAGGUUGCUUUUUGACAUUCAUGGUACCUGUGGCCUGUGCAUUAUUUCCACAAAAAUGUUCCUUAAAAGUGAGCACCCUAGCAUUGCUUGAGCCAGAAGAAUAUAACAAACUGAAGAAAUCUGGACUAGAAAUUCCAGAGUACGUUUAUUUCAACAAAGGCCUCUAACAGCCAGCUUUAUUUGAAGGAAUAUUGUUUCAAAACUAUCUGAGACACAGUUGUUGAUAUGUGAUAUUAAAUUAGUAAUUUUAUAAUUUGAAAAGACAAACACAAAUUAAUUUCAAAAUACUAUUAUAAUGUAAGAUCUGACGACGACAAAAUAAGUUAUAAUUUUUCCAUGUAAUGUGUGUACAAAAAGAAAUACAGGAAUCUGUGAGAGGUUUUCAAGUCAGAAAAGUUUGUGUAAUAGCCUCUCUGAUGUGUUAAAAGUAAUCAUUGUUGGCAAAACUAAAAAAAUCAGGGCUCAAGUAGCUGUUCACCACUCAUGUCUCUUUUAUAGCAGUAUAUUGUAUUGUAUAGUGCACAUUAUGCUACAGAUUAUAUAUGUUUUAUUCCAUUUUCUUUUUCUGCUUGUAAGUGAACAGGUUACAGGAGACAAAUCACACGUGUUGAUAUUCAUACAGUAAGCCAAGAAUAUAAAACACUGUUAUAUCAUUGUUGGGAAACAAAGUAGUAUCGCAUAUCACAAACAUCAGCUUGCCAUCCACUGAUAUCAUGUUUUUAAUUGCAUACUACUGAAGAUUAAUUAUUUAAUUAUUCAUGUUAAGUGUGGAAUCUUGUUUUGUAAAUGGGUGUCAUUCAUUUUUAGAUGUCAAUUUAUGUGACAAACAGAAAUAUUAUUGAUAUUAUUGGUCUUAUACACAAAUUAUUAUUAUUAUUAUUAUGUCUUUUUACAUUUGGCAGUGAACUUUGAAAGAAAUCUGGCUUUCAAAGAAAGCAUUCUUUGUGAGCAGGUUUGCUUACCCUCUUCCGUCCAAGGAGCACCGUUUCUUCUUUUUGGUUGCUCAACUCUGUGUAGCCCAUUCAUAAAUAUCUUCUUGCAGAAGAGAUUCUUGUCACAGGCAUCUUCAAGUUUGAUUUGUGGGAACUGAAGAUCUUCUUUGGUAUUUCUAAACUAGGGUAUUGUGGUGUCAGGUUUUGAAUAAAAAGACAGGAAGAUCUUGCUCAACCUGUUCCCGUCCAUUCAUUUGAGGUGACUGUAAAAUUGUACAGUUAUUUUGCAGAUUGUCUUGCAUUAUGGACAGGGUUUUGGCUGCAUGCAUAACUAUUGGUUUCAGAACUGUUUCACAGUGAUGUACUUGAGUGUUUUGUGAAAGUCCGUGAUUGGGGACAAAAAGAAAUAUCUAUGAUGUUAUUGCUGAAGCUGCCAGAUGUAAUAAGAAUUUUGUGAAUGUCAGCCGUUGCCCAUGUUUUACCUUAAUCUCAGGUCACAUCUACAGCUCAUAUAAAGUGCCUUUAUAAAAUAGAAUAAUUCACAAAGAUUUUAAAAUUCCAAAACAUGAGUGAUUUCGUAUAAUUUGGUGUCACUGAAAGAUUGAAACUUAAAAUGCUUGAAAGUUCUGGUCACCUUCAAUUCUUUGUUGUGAAUCACUGUUUGGCCAGAUCAGAUCCCAAUAACUUUACUACCAAUGUCUCUCUGGACUUCCAUUUGUGCCAUCAGAUGUCCUUAGCUUUAGUUUAAGUACGCCUCAUGAUUCACAAUGGUAACCUAGCAUUUUAGAAUAUGGCACAAUGUUUGCUGUAUUUUCAUUGUUGUUUCUGAAUGAGUAUUUGCUAUUAGGUAGUGAGUCAAAAUGGUGUAUAGCAAAUAAUGUUAAUAACUAGUCACUAUAUUAGAACUAUGAGUUUUUUUAGUAGUAAAAUUUAUGAUCAAUAUGUGCUCUUCCAAUUCAUUUAGACAAAAAUUGAACAAAAUCAACUGACUAGACAUCAUUGUGUAGAGUAUGUAUCUGAUUAUUUCCAUAUUGAUACCAUUUUUGUCAUGUAAAGAAUGUAAAGUAGGUCAGUGUAUCCUUUUUUUCUCAAAUUAUUUAAUGCAUAGUUGAGUAAAAGAGUCAGCAGUGAUAAACUAUGCAGUCUAAAAGCACACAAACACUGCACCGUUUCCAUUAAAACAUAACUGUUUCAGUCCACUGUAUUAGUGUAGUGUUUUUGAAACUUGUAAUAUCUUUGGUUUAUGGUAUCCCUCCUAAAAGGUUGAUUCAUUGACAAUAUUAAGUGCCUGAAAAUUCAAAAUAAUCUUAUUAUGUAUGUUUUCCACUUAAAAAACAUUUAUAAGAAACAUAAUGAUCAGCAUUACUGGUACACUGUAGCAGGGACAGUAUUUUGGUUGAACUUACUUUUUUUGUGUGUGCUGUAUGUCAUGUAUUUUAUGUGAAAAUGAGUAAUAAAACAGUU